CAAUAUAGAAUAUAUAGUACUGUACUGUAUAUCUUUACAUCAAUAAAAUUAAAAAAAAAAGAAAAAGAAAAUUUAAAAUUGUUCCGAAAUGUAAAUUCAGGUGCAUGAAAAGCAAUAUAAAAAUAAAAGUAAAGUUUGCAUAAAUCUUGACUAUAGGGUACAUAAAUGUUCCAAAAUUUCCAAACUAAACAGUAAACCAAUAAUUAAUCCUUUGUUAUCUUGUAUAUAUACCCUUAUUACAUGCAUCCCCACCUCUUAACACUUACCUCUCCCUUUCCAUUUUUUUCCUCUUCACUGAUUUUAUUUUUCCUUAUUUUCUCUCUCUACUUUCUUUCUCUUUAGAUGGCGGAACUUGAUCAUUUUCAAAGACAUAAUAGACCCAUUACUAAUAUCCACAAUACACCAUCAACACCCACACGGUUGAAGCUUUUCGGCAUAAACGUAUCAUCUAAACACUCUAUUUCGGAAUUUGAUCAGUUCGAGGAGGUGGAGUCAUCGACUUCACCUCACUCGAAAUCUUCUACCACUACUGGAGCAGGCGAAUCAUCGCCUGACUCUAGAGGUGGAGGUGGUGGUGGUGGAGGUGGAGGCGGGUUCUCUCCGACUAAUAAUACAGUCGGAGAGGCCGCCUCUAGGAAAUACGAGUGUCAAUAUUGUUGUAGGGAAUUCGCAAACUCACAAGCGUUAGGGGGUCACCAAAACGCGCAUAAGAAAGAGCGACAACAAUUAAAACGUGCUCAAAUGCAAGCUACACGAAACGCAGCGGCAGCAGCUGCUGCCGCUGUUUCGUACGUUCGGAAUCCCAUUAUUUCCGCUUUUACCCCGCCACCUCAUCUUUUACCUGCUUCCGCCUGUGGGGCCCCGGCAGUUAUGGUGCCGGGCCCACAGUCAUCUUCAUCACCUCCUGGUUGCUCUUCCUCCUGGGUGUAUAUGCCACGUGCUGCCAUGCCAUCUCUCCAUGUGUCACACGGGUGCGUGUUUCCGUCAUCGGGAUCCAACGGUGGGAGUUUAGCCCCGCCGAGGGGUGCACCGGGGUUGUCGUAUGAUAGUUGUGUAGGAGAUCAAACUAGCUUCAAUAGGACGUCCUUUUCUCGGCAGGGUAAUAAGGUUGACGGGCCUUCUUUGAGUAGGUUUAGUAGAAACACCGGGCCUGGGUUUGAUGAUGGUGUCGGGCUUGACUUGCACCUUAGCCUUGCUCCUGCUGGUCCUUGAUUUAGAAAAACCCGGGCUGGGCCCAGGCCCGGACCCGGUGAGAUUUAUAGAUUUUAAUUUUUUUUCUUCUUAAAAUUAAAUUCUUUAAAAUUUUAGAGAUUUGGGUGGGUAUGACAUGUUAAUUGUCGUCUUAUUCGGGUUACCGGGUUUAGCUUGUAAUGUUACUCUAUUAUUUUAGAAGUUUUUUAGAA